CUUCAGUACAACUCCGUACAAUCAGCCCUCCCAUGCUUGAAACUACUGAAAAUUGUUUGCGUAUCUGAAAGAUGUUUAGCUCAUUUUCUUAUCAUAAAUGCCUGUUAGAGGACAGAUAGAAGACUUCUCAUUGGGUUUGUGCAACCCUUAAAGACACUGGUCAAACAGGAUUCCCAGUCAUUCAUAGUGGCGAAGGAACUCAGAUUCAAGCACUUUACACUUUCUGCGGAUCCAGAAUCAUAAACAUCUGCUCUGAACAUUAGCGAUGACUUCAGAUGAGAAGUUGUGGGACAGUCUGAAGGCUGAAAUAGAGAAAGAAACCUUUGAACUAGAAUCAUCGCUGAGCUCUGAGAUUGAUGAACUAUACGAAAAUGUAAGAACAAACUCAAAAUCACCAACCCUCAAAGAUACUCAAGACUCAAAAGCAAUUUCAAAAUCACCCUCCUUGAACGCAGAGGCAGAGGAAUUGCGCAUCAUGUUACUGGGGGCAAGGGGGUCUGGAAAAAGCUCAACUGGAAACACCAUCCUCAGGUGGAACGCCUUCAACACGGACAUGCAACUGAGCAGAGUCACGCAGUUCUGUGAAAGAGCAUCUGGAAACAUCAACGGCCGGCCCGUGGCCAUAAUCGAUACGCCGGGACUGAAUAAGAUCAGUCGAAUAGAGAAGGAGGUGGUCAGGGAGAUCAUGAAAUCUGUCACGCUCUAUAAACCAGGACCACAUGUGUUUCUGCUGGUUCUGCCAGUGGGAAAUUUAACCAAAGAGGACAAGAACAUGCAUAAGCUGAUCCAGGACAUGUUUGGAAAGAAUGUUUGGAAUUACACAGUUGUUCUGUUGACGCAUGGAGAUCGACUAGAAGGGAAGAUGCCGAAUGACGUUAUUGCCAGCUCAGAUAAAGACCUUAGAGACUUUAUUCGCACUUGCAGUGGUGGAUUUGUAUUCUUCAAUAACAAGAACACAGGAAACUUUGAGCAAGUGACCAAACUUCUGGAGAAGAUUGAUACUUUGGUGGCCAUCAAUAGCAGAGGCUGCUACACAAAUUUGUUUUACCCGACUUCAGAGAGAAAGAUACGUGAAAAACAAGAGAAGAUACUGGAGGAGAGACAGGAGGAGAUAGCACGAAAAGAGAGAGAGCUGGAGGAGAAUUAUGAAGAUGAGGAGGAGUUAGAGAAGAAAAAGCGUGAGCUCUGGAGAGAAGAAGAGGAAGAUGCACGGAAACUAGCUGAGAAUCCACAAAGACGCAAAAGUCUGACAGUGAAACUCACCAGAUCCCCCACAUCUGUAACAAAAUCACAGACCAUUCAUUACGUCAAUUGAUCUAACUGUACAGGAACUUUCUGAAGAUUAAUGGAGAUAAUGUAAUAUUGUCUGUAUUGAUCAUCUAUAAUCUGCAUUAUUCAGGUUUUAAAUUGUU